UUGCCCAGCAUUGGUAAUGACUUGCCCCGAGAUUCGGAACUGGAUUAUGACUGCCCACAUCUCAAUCGAGUUUCGGCUUGUGGGUUUCGAAGCACGGGGCCCAAUUCACGAAGUCGACGGCUGACACAGUUAGGCCAGCGCCACUACAAGUCCUUGCACGGAUCGUCACAGGCACCUUCCACACGAGCUUCGUCUUCAUGGCCCGCGUCGAUCAAUGCUCUCGCUGCGGAUUGCCUUGCACAGGAGAAGCGGAUCCCUGCCCUUGCUGCCGAUUUCACUCACUUGUCCGCGCUGAGGGGUAGUGCUCUGUAUGGACGAUAGACGCGAAGAUGUGUGUGUGUGUGGGUGGGGUAGAGAGAGAAAGAAAGAGGGUGAAAGAGCGAGACAGAAAUUUGUUGGAUUUUGAAGGGAGAGUGGCGGUCUGCUAGUCUUGGCCUAUUUGUGUGAUUCUGUCCCGAUGUCGUAGCAGGGGAGUCAGGGAGCGUGGGUAUGGGAUGUAGAAAUUGUAGAAAUAGCGGCCUUGAUGACUCGCCCAUGUGCUUCUCCGCUUCUUUGUGGAGUGUCGCUUCCUGAUUCCUUUUUGGUCAUUGUGUAAAAAGUUUUUACGGGAUUAUAAUUGGGGCAAAUUCCAUUGCUAGUGACUUUGCGUGCUCAACACCUGGAAAUCUUGUUUCCACAGCUGUUGAAUGCAGACUUUGUGAAAACCACAUCGUGUCGUCUAGUCGAUGAAGAAAUUACAGUGUGUAUAUGUGGGGUUUUGUAUUGAACGAUCAGUUAGGUUUGACGGGGUUCUUGACGUGCUUACCUGCAGAAUUAAGCCUUGCAAAGCAUCUUCAAAUGUGGAUCUUGUUGUAAACCAUGAAGGUUCUCAGACUCACACAUUUUUGUCUGGUUAACUGGAUAUGCGCUUCUGCGUGACAGUCACUUAUUCUGGAGGUGUUGCCGACUCUGAUUUUGUAGGAGAACGUCUAGCAUGACGAGACCCUUGUCAUAAUGUGCUUUGUAGUCAACGUGGCGGUGGACGGUACUCCAGGUUGAAGAGGGCUUGGUGUACAUCGUAUCUUCUGAUCCUGUCAUCUUUCUCGAGCAAUGUAGAUGUUUUCGGCGCUUAAUUUUAAUUGACCCCUCAGCAGAAGGAUAAUCAUUCCGCUCUAGUGCACACUGCACAGGGUCAAUUCUAUACGAAGUGAAAGAAAAAUUCGAUCCUCAUGUCGUUCAAUUCAAGAUCUCUUUCCCGGAUCAUCUCCGUCCCGGGCCAGCGAACGUCAGGAUCGGAAAUCUACGAGAACAGCAGCAGUGAGCAGAUUGCCAGGUUCAACUUCCAUGAAAACGAACCACCUCGGUUCCACUUUCCCGGAGCAGUGAGGAAAUUUGCCUACAGGUUCGAUGGCAAUGGCAAAUUCUUCAAGAAAACAUGGGACUUGAUGAUGGAGGUAUCUGAAGGCUUUUGCUGGUACCAUGUGGAGCUUCCAAGGUCAAGCCAGAAAUUGUCCAUGUCCGCAGAGUAUCUCAUAGACGUCCUGUGCCCUCCUCUUAAACUUCAAGAAAUUCUCGCCCUUGUGAGCAGUGGUCCCUUUUGUGGCACAGUCGAUGGCGCUUUGGUGUUUAGGGUGAAUUCAGCCGGCCCUUGCGCAAGUAAGUUCACGCAAAGAAUUUCUGCCUUGGUCACUGACAAAAGAGUGAUCAGCGUCUCGCUUGGUCGUGUGUCGAGGUUGGAUUUCUCAAUAGCCUCCGCUCGCUCGCUGUUGUCUGAGGUGCCAUUGAUUGAACCCAAGGAGCAGAGCUGUGGGGAAGGUUUAAGCUACAUCGGGACUACAAAGUCUGGGGGUGUUGUCAUCCAAGAGCACGUGCUGGAGUUUUUGUUGAGCAGGAAUACCUUUGAGGAGGCGGAGAAUGCUAUUCCUAGAGGGUUGGGUAAUUUAUUGGUGCAUAUCAUUGACACUCAUGUGGACCAGCUACACGAGAUUGUGCUGCAGCUGGAGAGUCAAUUGGACGAAGUUGAACGAGACUUGGACAUAGGUGUGGGUGCGACGAAGAAGCAGAUGUUGGACGACAGGCGAUUUCCCAAGAUGCACUUGAACCUGCAAAGGCUGUUACAGGUGAUAGCCCAUGGUGACCAAGUGUUUCCCAGAGUGAAGGAUAAAUGCGCUGGGAAACCUUGGUGCUCCUCUGAAGAUUUGGCCAUGCUUGAGGCAUUAGUGGGGCGAUUACGCAAGCUGAAAGGGAAUGCGGGUUUCAUUGUGAGUCGGAUAACAGCCAUCCAAGCUGGACUCGAUAGCUGGCAAGCAGAACAGAUCAACCGCAAGCUGUACUACUUAUCAUUUCUGUCUAUGUUGUUUCUUCCGCUCUCAAUCGUCACCGGAGCAUUCGGGAUGAACGUGGGAGGAGUACCGUGGACAACGCAGACAAAUCCAAAGAACAUACAUGGAUUCCGCAACAUCAUGUUUAUAUGUGCUGCUAUUGUAAUUAUUUUGCUGCUGAUCUUUGGAGCUGUGCCCUUAUACAACUACCUCGUUACCGGUAGCCGUCAAGGGACAAGGGAUAGGCGACUUCGGUUGCAGAAGUCCAUUCGAUACCGAAGUGGCAAUCAGCGGCACCCUGUUUAUCUUCCUCUUUAAGCCAUUCCUUCACAUUGUUGUAGAUUUAUGAAUUCUUGUCGAGCUACAGUUCUUCGAACCAUUGCAGGACAUGACUAUGAUGAAUAUCAUCAAAAUCAAUCCAGUGGAAAGCAAACCCCAGUUCUUUUUCUUUUCUCUUUUUUUUUAGCUUUUGUUUGUGAAUUGUUCACUUGUGAUAGUUUUCGAUGGAAUUGUAAUGUUACCAGGAGUGAAAAGCUUCAAAUAUGGUACCAGAGCAAGUACUAGGGAUUAUUAAUGAUAGCCUUGCGGAUGUGCACUUACGCUGUUAUUAGUCUUAUAGUUGCAACACAUUUUGCUGUGCUAAUUCAACCCAGUUACCAAUUAUGGAUUCCAAUCAAGUUUCCUUAGUAACCCUCAAA